AGGAGGAAGGAGGAGGAUAGAAGCGACGAUGCGCUUCCCAACUCUCAAACACUCUUUCUCUCUUCUACCCUUCCCCUCCCAUAUCCACGUUUCCCUAUGCCUCUCCUCCUCCUCGUCCCUCUUCUCCUCACCUUCUCUUCCCCACCACCACCACCACCACCACCACCAUGAAGACGACGACGUCGCCUCCUCCCUCCCCAAUCCCUACGACCUCAUGAAGGAGGACCCCAUCCAAAUAUGCUCCGACCUCUGGGUCCGCUCCUUCCUCCUCCUCCAACGCUCCGCCCUCUCCCCUUCCUACCCUUGGGGCGCCUCCACCCACCUCCUCCUCCGCUCCCCCGCUGACCCUCCCUCCACGCGCCCCAUCUCCCGCCGCAAGUUCCGAGCCCUAAUCGCCUCCGCACCCCCGCCGUUCCAGGACCGCGUCGUCCAGGAGCUCCUCCUACUCAUCCUUGAACCUGUUUUCGAACCCCGCUUCUCGUCCAAAUCCCAUGCCUUUCGCCCCGGCCGAGGCCCCCACACCGUCCUCCGCACAAUCCGCUCCAACUUCGCCGGGUACCUCUGGUUCCUUAAAGCCGACCUCACAGACGUUGCCGAUGGGCUCACCCCGGACGUGAUCAUAAGGUGUUUGGAGAAAUGCGUCACUGACCGGAACGUCCUCCGCUUGAUCAAAUCUGCACUUAAGAGACCCAUUCGGGUCGGCUCUUUACCCCCAGAUAAACAAGAAGUCGAUAAAUUGGCUAAGAAGAGGAUGAAGCGGAAGAUGCUAAGGAAAGCCAGGAAGAAGAAGGUGCUGAACGAGAAUGAGCCGAAGCCCGACCCAUACUGGCUAAGAACUUUCUUUGAAUUUGCUCCUGACGAGGCUAAGGGAAUUCCUCACUAUGGGCAUUGCGGAAUUUUAAGCCCAUUGCUUGCUAACAUAUGUUUCACCGAAUUAGACAAUUGGAUGGAGGAUAAGAUAUACGAUUACUUCUGCCCAUCGAAGCUUGACUCCAUUUGGAAGGAAUCAAUUGAUGACGGUUGCCAUAAUCCAUCAUGGCCCGAAUUCGUUCCAUCGAGCGGGAAAGAGAAGACGAGAAAGAUGGAUUAUAUCCGUUACGGGUCCCACAUUUUGAUCGGAAUUCGAGGCCCGAGAGAGGAUGCGGUGGACUUGAGAAGGAAUUUGAUCGAAUUCUGCGAAACCACGUUUGGACUUAGGUUGGAGAAUUCGAAAGUAGAGAUCGAGCACAUAUCGAGGGGAAUUGAAUUCUUGGAUCAUGUGAUAUGCCGACGAGUGAUAUACCCUACACUGCGUUACACGGCCACUGGGGGUAAAGUUGUAAGUGAGAAAGGAGUUGGAACAUUGCUUUCAGUAACUGCGAGCUUGCAGCGAUGUAUAAGACACUUCAGGCAGCUCGAACUUGUCAAAGGGGAUCGCGAUCCCGAGCCAUUGCCUUGCAUGCCGAUGCUUUAUUCUGGACAAGCCCACACCAAUUCUCAGAUGAAUAAGUUCCUUGAAACCAUGGCGGAUUGGUAUAGAUAUGCAGAUAAUAGAAAGAAAAUUGUUGGUUUUUGUGCCUAUGUUGUAAGGAGUUCUUUGGCUAAGCUGUAUGCUGCAAGGUAUAGAUUGAAGUCCCGUGCUAAGGUCUACAAGAUCGCCUCGCGUGAUCUCAGCCGUCCAUUGACGGAAAGCACAAGAAAUGAUGCACCUGAGUAUUCUGACCUUUUGAGAAUGGGGCUUGUUGAUGCCAUUGAGGGGGUUCAGUUCUCUCGCAUGUCGUCGAUUCCUUCUUGUGAUUAUACCCCUUUGCCUAGGAAUUGGGUGCCUCACCAUGAACUCGUGUUGCGUGAAUAUAUUAAGCUGCAAGAUCCAAAGUUCUUCUGUGAAUUGCUUAAGACGGUCAAGCGUCAGGAAUUAAUUUCACCCCAGGAGGAUAUAUCAAAGAUGGUGUGGAGCCAUAAAAUUCAUGGCAUUUUGAGCAAGAAAUCAUCAAGAACUUUAAAAGAGAAGGGAAAGAGUGACGAUACUUCCUAUGCUGACAAAAUAUAUCUAUUAGGGUAAAUGGUCAGAUUUAAGUGAUACAGUACUUUGAUGGGUUGAAGAAAAGAUGUGGACUGAUUCAUUUCUCAAGGAUAAGUGGGCAGUGAGGAUGUGUACAUUAGGUGGACUCCACAACCGAACAAGCUUCUUCAACAAAUACCACAGCAUGCUGAGACAUCUUAAGGCCAGAGCUUAUUUUGUCUACUUGAAGCAUUACUUUCUUUUACUGAACUUUUUUCCGGGAAAAUACUUGUUAAAGUCAGACAAGUAAACCAAAGCUCAUGCAAGUCGGGAUCAGCUGGAUUUGCCUACUCUACCCAUUAAGUAUUUACAAGUUAGCCGCUUAAGGUGGUUUAGGACCAUUCAGUGGUGGAAAUAAAAUUUUGAGCAGCUUCAGUUGUUGCCAAGCGGAGUUGCCAGAGGGUUUCUACAUUGUGCCCCUCCUAGUGGCUCCACUCAAACGACUCAUGGAACAAUAAGGGCAAGAACCUCUCUCUCUCGCGCGCGCGCGCGCACAAUUCUAAGGAACCAUUUUUCAUAUUGGAAUACAAUAAGAUGCUGAAAUUCGUUGCGACAGAAAGGACGUUGUGAAGUUAAUAAUAUGAGGACAUUGAUUGAUAAAA